CGUGCGUGCCGCCAACACACGCGCGCGCGCAACCGUCCGCCGACAGUAUAAUAUUUUAUUAAGACACGACCCGUCCGACAGCUGCAGACCGACCGCAUCGGCACGCCGCGCGUCAGUACCGUUCGAAAAUCGUAAUAAUAUAUUAUAAAUCUAUCGCGCGACCGUCACGGCGACAGCGUAAUAAUUAACAAUUAUAAUUAUAUAAUUAGAUUAUAAUAAUUGUAACGCGAUCGCGAUCGACGCGGGUGUUCCGACCGUCGACGCCGCCGCGCCAUGGAAUCGCGCGGGGCGCUGCUGCUGCUGGUCAUGUACGUCGCGGCGUUCCAGCGACCGGCGCACGGUCAAGACUGUCCAGAUGGCGUUCCAGUAACGUACGUCAAAUACAGUAAUUCGGCUCCGAGAUCUGUGGUGCAGCCGAUCCUAUUGUACGCCAGCACUCCCGGAGUCGCCAUAACUGCAGAAUGUUACAACAGAUGUAGAAAGUCUGUGGACUGCGCCGGUUUCAUAAUAGAUUACACGUCGACGUCGUGUUACCGGGUGCCCAACAUGGGAAGUUCCACCGACAACAUCGUCGUCACCCCAAAUGUAAACUUUUUUAGGAAAGCGUGUCUCCGCGUCCCCGAAUCGUGUAACCGAAGAGCGUGGCCGAUCGAGGUAUCCAUGAACUACGAAAUAAGCGGUUUUCAGUAUUCGGUCGUGCCCAAUGUCGGCGACAAAUGGCGAUGCGCCCAGCUGUGCAUCGACCAAAACGAUUGCAAGUCGGCGAACUACUUUCGACUGACAAAGAUGUGUUCUCUGAACUCCGAAACCCGCAAGACCAAACCCACGGCGUUCAAUCCGAGUCGGAAUCAAGUCGAAUAUUUAGAAAACGAAUGCGCCAAUACACUGCCAGGUGCAAAUCAAAUUAGUUCGUGCUGGCACGAACCCGUAUAUGAUAGAACUUUACAACAAGUGGACUUGCAAGUAGAAAACAUUAAUAUUGAACAAUGCAAGGAGAGAUGUGAAUCUGAACAAUAUUUUAGCUGCAGAGGUUAUACUUUUAAAUGUCCUACAGAUGAGUUUGGUGGCACUCUUUGUCUUUUGCACGGUGACGAUACGAGCACAGCCGGCUCACUCAUUCCAUCGCCAUGUUCCACUUAUAUAGAAAGAAUUACUUGCAUUGAUUUAAGCGUCUCGUGUAGUGAUGAUUCUAUGAUAGUGUCGUUGAGAUCUCGGGGCUUCAAGGGCCGAAUGUUUGUACUGGGGAGGCCAGAAGAAUGCGGCGUUAACGGUCGCCAUACAGAUAUGACAACGAUUACUCUGCCGAUCGUCGAAAACCACACUCAACGUAAUCGCUGUGACGUCGUAGUGGCUAAAUCGGCAAACAGCAACAGGAAGUUGGCUACAGCUGUUGUCGUAGUACAACACCACCCGAUCAUACAAACCGUCGGCGAUCGAGUGACAAAAGUGUCGUGUGCUGUUGGUUCAAGUCCUCUACCGUCGUUCUUGGCGUCUAGACCGCAGAACAUCACUUUAGACGCUACAUUUGGUGUGGCAGAACCUAGCAUACAUAACACAAUAUACAACGACGGUGGAUACGAUCCGAAUGGUUUGGUAGGUUCGGCAAAUCAAGUCGCUAAGAUGAGAAUUUUGGAAGUGGGACGAAACGUAAAACAAGUAUCUGAAGUGAAACUUGGCGAUGAAUUGGAACUCCGGAUUGACGUGAAUCAACCAUAUAACGCAACACAAUUAAGGGCCGGCCACUUGAUUGCUAGUUCAGGAGAUGGUCUGGACUCUUUGUUACUUUUAGAUUGGAGAGGAUGUCCUCCAGAACCAUCGACAUUUCCGGUUUUGAAUUUAACACCUCCAAAUUCAAUGGUCGCAAGAUUCAAAGCAUUCCGUUUUCCUUCGUCACCUGUACUACGGUUUAGUCUCAUGAUGAUGUUUUGUGAUCAGCUGUGUAAGCCAAGUGAUUGUGGAAACGGACAAGUGUCCCAUGGUCGACGAAAACGCGAUGGACAUACCUCAGAAACUAAAACAAAGGAAGUACCAUUACAACUCGCAAUCGUAGUACGAUCUCUUGAAGAACAAGAAGAAAUUAUAGCCAGUCAAAGCCAAAUUAGUAAUAGUAACAAUAAUAAUGAUAGAUCAUCAAGAAGAUUGGAAGCUUCAGUAAUUCGCAACAAUGAAUGGUGCAUUACUUGGCCUAUAGGAUUAGCUAUUGGUAUAAUUCUAGUCACUAUGCAGACAUUACUUGUAUUAGGCUGUUGGUCAUUUUUUCGACGAUCAAAUCAAAAGGUCCUUAAUGAUCGUGUGACUUUAAAUUCUGACUUUCAACCAAGACAUGUCACUUGGGCCGACCACCAAUAAGAAUACAAAAUAAGUCUAAUAUGAUUUUGUUUGUACCUAUGUACGUUUACCAUAUUUUUUUUAAAUUUAUAUAUCGUUUAUAAUAAUUAUAAAGUUAUUAGAUAUAAUUAUUAUAUCUAAUAACUUUAUGUACAAAUUAGUUUGUAACCAAACAUAAAUUUAUUUUUUAAGAAAAGACGGGAAUUCAAUAAAACGUUAAGUUGUAUAUUAAAAAUCAUUAAUGUUAUUAUAAACAGAGUGGUACACCAAGAAUGCUCACACCAAAUUUUACCUUUAAUUAAGCAUUUAUUCAAAUUCUGGGUUUUUCAAUUUCUAAGUACGUACACAUAGAUUGUAUAUGCCGUUUAAAGAGUGUAGCGGUACAUACUUAUUUUUUUUCAAAUGAGAACAGCCCGUUUUUAUUAUAGAUUACUAAGCUGAUGAUUUAUUUUUUAAAUGUUUAUGUAAAAACAAAAUUUGGAAGAGUAUUUGAUUUCUAAGUUUUAAAUCGUAUGUAAGAUAAAGAAUAAAUUCUUAUAAAGAAUAUUAGUCCAUGUCAAUAUGUUUGCGUGGUACAUGCAACGGGUGCUACGACGAUUUGAAAAUCAAAGUAAAUAAUAUUAAUCUAUUGAUAUUUUAUCAUUUAUGAAAAUUAUCUGAAUAUAAUAAGUUCAAUAGGCUAAAUAUUAAAUGUAUUUUAUAUGUUAUGUAGGUAUAAUGGUUAGACAGAAUUAAAUUGAUGGCAUUGACGAUCUAAGUAAUUGAAUACAUUAUGGUAUUUAAGUAAAAAAAAUCAAAAUUUGAAUAAAUGCAUUGUUAAAGGAUAAAAUGGAGUGAGCAUGCUCGGUGAAUCACCUUGUAUAUACUAUGUAGUUAUCAGAUUAAGCCAAUCAAAAGUAUAUAUUUUCAUAGAAUUUCAAAAUUAGGUAUUAGGAACUAUGAAUUAUAAUUAUUAAAUACAAAAACAUAUCAAAUAUUAUCUACCUAAAAUUAGUUAAGAUUAAUUUAGCAACAACGCUACUCAGAGUACGCACGACCAGUGACUGUUUAUUAUUGUCUUAUAUUUGUUUAUCGAGCAUAUUAUUAUAUAAAAAUUAAAAUAUAAAGUGUAAAUCUAAAAAAAAUUCCGCCCUUGGAACGAAUAUAUAAAAUAUAAAUAAUAUAAUUAUGUUGCAUUACGAUAAACCUACAUUUAGUUACAAAUACAUAAUGCAUAUAUUUUUUAAUUGAUUUGUUUGUAUAAUAAAAUAGUGUAAAACUGAUAAUGUGUUACGAAAUGUACGAAAUAUUUAACGUUGGUAUAUUAGAAUAUGUUUAUAUAUAAGAAAAAGACAAGUGUUGCGUAGUCUAUGAGUAUUAAAUAAUAUUGAUUUUUUUUUAUAAAAUAAAUUUAUGAUUUGUAUAAAUUAUAUAAUUAUUAAUAAUUAAUUGUAAAAUAAGAUACUAUAAUUAAUAAGAUUUGUAAGAAAAUUAAAUACAAUUUUCAAUUUCCAUCAA